GCAAGGAUUUUGCUGGCCGAGGAGAAGAUUAGGGACUCGUCGAAUUACCACCAACAACAGCCGUGGUACCGUGGUGGUUUUCAUGAUUCUCGUUUGACAAGCAGACAGCAGCCCGCCACCCCGGCACCGGUUAGCUCUAUGACCAUGCUCCAGUCGCAGAAGCUGUACAGCGACGCUGGUAGCCUCGGCGGCGCGAUGACCAGCGCCGCUAUGUCGACGAUGGGCAGCAUGGCGCCGACGUACAGCUCGAUCAACUCGGUGGGAUGCAUGCCGAUGGGUAUGUCGAUGGGCGUCGGAGUCGGGCCGAGCUGCAGCCCCCAAGGCGCCGGCGGUUUCAACAUGAGCACCAUGAGCUCGGCCAUGGGGAUGGCCGCAUCGAUGGGCGGCGGUGGCAUGGGUGGUUACGGGAGCGCGUCGAUGGGCGGCGGUGGCGCGUGCAUGAGCGCCGUCGGCUACGGGCCUUUGACGCCGGGCGGCGGCGCCGGUGUGACCAGGGAUCCGCUCUCCCUGGCCGAGCCCGACUCGCCCAACUCGGCCCUGCAACGGGCGAGGACCGACAAGUCUUAUCGCAGAAGUUACACCCACGCGAAACCUCCCUACUCGUACAUCAGUCUGAUCACGAUGGCGAUCCAGAACGCGCCCACCAAGAUGCUCACCCUGUCCGAGAUCUACCAGUUCAUCAUGGAUCUGUUCCCGUUCUACAGGCAGAAUCAGCAACGUUGGCAAAACUCGAUCAGGCAUUCGCUCAGCUUCAACGAUUGUUUCGUGAAAGUGGCGCGCACCCCGGACAAACCGGGGAAAGGAUCGUUCUGGACCCUCCACCCGGAGAGCGGGAACAUGUUCGAGAACGGGUGCUACCUUCGAAGGCAGAAGAGGUUCAAGGACGAGAAGAAGGAGUUGACGAGGCAGAACAACAAGCACCAGCAGCAUCACACGGGGGCAGCGGCGGCCGCGGCGGCGGCGACCCUCCACCAGCACCACGCGACCCUGAAGAGCGACGCGACCGACAUAGGGGGAUUGCUGGGCCCGGACCUCGGCGCGGCGCACGACGAGUUGACCGCGAUGGUCAGUCGAAGCCUUCACCCGCACCUCAUCUCGGAACCGGCGGCCGCCCUCCACCACGGGAUGGCGGGCAGCCUGAAGCAGGAGCCGCCGUACACCGCGGCAAGCCCGUUCAGCAUCACCAGGCUGCUGCCGGGCGCGACGGCGGCCACCUCGCCCGGCGCCCAGGACAUCAAGCCGCCCGAGAUGAAGAUGUACGAGCAGUUGCACCAGAGCUACGCCAACUUCGGCUCGCCCCAUCACCCGCACGCCCACUCGGCCCCGCCGAGCCACCAUCAUCACAACGGGAUGCACGCGGCGGCCUCGAACGCGGCAACCCCUAUGCACAACAUGACCAACCACCACCACCAGGAGUAUUACCAAAGCCCGUUGUACCAUCACGCGACCAGCGUGGCGAGUAGCAGCGCGCCACCGCCGUCCACCGUCGCCACAGCGGCACCGGGCUUGUGACAUCACGCUACCCAUCCCUACGCCCUGGCCUGA